GAAAUGGCCCAAGUGGCGGGGCCUGGGCAACGAAUGCGGCCCAAAUACUCGGACACCCAAGAACGACAACAAAGCAAACGAGCCGCUACCUUAUUUCGGACCUGAUCUUCUCCUUGCUCAGCUGUACAUGUAUUUUGUUGCUGUAUCUGGGACCGAUUCCUUUUCUUUUCUUCUCAACACCUAAGUCCUUCUGCAUUUGUCAGCCCCUCAUCGGAUCGACUUGUUUGACCCCUCCAUCCAUUUAUUUUGGCAACUCAAAUCCCCUUCUCCCCUACCGGCAACACACACCGUGCUCUUCCUGCAGCGACCAUGUCUUUUCUGGGGGGUGCUGAGUGCUCGACAGCGGGAAACCCGCUUAGCCAGUUCACAAAACACGUCCAAGACGACAAGAGCUUGCAGCAUGACCGCCUUGUCGGAAGGGGACCGAAUGCGGCCGCCGGCGGCUUCAGGACUGCGACGCACAAUGCGCCCCAGGACGAGGUACGUCGUUGUCGGGAUGGAAAGUGGGAGGGGUGACCCCAAGAGGCGUACGUGCGAAAUCGGGCUGACGAUUGCUUGCUCCAGAUGAUGAACGGAUUCCUCCGCCAGUCUCCCGGCCUCCCCGAGAUGGCCCUCGAGCAACCGGGUCCCAUGGGCCAAGUACUCAUCGACCAAAACCACGGCGUCCAUCUCCGCGCCCGAACGGGCUCGCCAAUGUCCCCCGGCUGGGCUCCGCCCGAUACCCAAGCCGCUAUGGAAGCGGCCUUCAACGCGCCCCCCGGAACCCAGUUUAGUCCCGAAGAGUUUGCCAAGUUCCAGCAGAUGAAUGGCACGUCGUCCGCACACGCCACCUCCAUGCCACGGAGCAGCAGCAACAUCAUGACCCAGCCCCAGCGACCUAUGAUGAUGGGCGGCAUGGGCAGUUACGGCAUGAUGUCGCGCCCCAUGUUCCAGCCAAUGUACAACCCCCAGAUGCAGAUGGCACACCAGCAACCACAACAACAGGAAGCCGAGGGCAAGGGCAAGGGCAAGGUGGUGGAGCUGGACGAGAACCAGUGGGAGGAGCAGUUCAAGCGGAUGGAGCUGCAAGACAAGGAGCUCCAAGAGGAAAAAGACGAGGCAAAGGCCAUGGAGCCCGAGCUGGACCAGAUGGACGAGAAGCUGCUGCACUCGGAGACGGGCUACGGCGACCUCGAGUCGAUAUGGCGCGGCAUCCAGGCGGAACAGGAGGCCAUGAAGGAGCUCGACGAUAUCGAGGACAACUUUGCCAAGUUUGACAGCUCCUACUUUGGCGGCGACAACCUCAACGACUGGGGCCUCAGUAACCGCUUCGGCGCCGAUCCCGUCGUGCAGGACUACCUCUUCGAGGAGGAAAACCUCUUCAAGGACCAGCCCAAUCCCUUUGAGGAGGGUGUCCGCAUCAUGAACGAGGGUGGAAACCUCUCCCUCGCCGCUCUGGCUUUCGAGGCGGCCGUGCAGAAGAACCCGGACCAUGUCGAGGCGUGGGUCUACCUCGGCAGCGCCCAAGCCCAGAACGAAAAGGAGGAAGCCGCCAUCCGCGCGCUCGAGCACGCCCUCAAGCUCGACCCCAACAACCUGGCCGCCCUCAUGGCCCUUGCCGUGUCGUACACCAACGAAGGCUACGACAGCACCGCGUACCGCACUCUCGAGCGCUGGCUCUCGGUCAAGUACCCGUCCAUCAUCGCGCCCACCGAGCUCUCCUCCGCCGCCGAGAUGGGCUUCACCGACCGCGCCCAGCUCCAUCAGCGCGUUACCCAGCUCUUCCUCGCCGCCGCGCGGCUCGCCCCGGACGGCGACCACAUGGACCCGGACGUGCAGGUCGGCCUGGGCGUGCUCUUUUACGGGGCCGAGGAGUACGACAAGGCGGUCGACUGCUUCCAGGCGGCACUGCACAGCUCGGAGCUGGGCACGUCGAACCAGCGCGAGCAGGUACACCUGCUCUGGAACCGUCUCGGCGCAACCCUCGCCAACUCGGGCCGCUCCGAGGAGGCCAUUGCUGCCUACGAGAAGGCGCUCUCCAUCCACCCCAACUUUGUCCGCGCCCGCUACAACCUCGGCGUGUCGUGCAUUAACAUCGGCUGCCACGCCGAGGCCGCCGGCCACCUGCUGGCCGCGCUCGACAUGCACAAGACUGUCGAGACCAGCGGGCGCCAGAAGGCCAGGGAGCUCCUCGGCGACGACGCUGCCGGCCCCGGCGCCGACGCGCGCAUCGAGGCCAUGACGACGCAGAACCGGAGUACCACGCUCUACGACACCCUCCGGCGCGUCUUCACCCAGAUGGGCAGGCGAGACCUGGCGGAGAAGGUAGUGGUCGGCGUCGACCCGGACGUGUUUAGGGGCGAGUUUGACUUUUGACGGGGUCGGUAACCCGGGAGCCGCCUCGCCACCGGGAGAAGAAGCGGGAAAGCGAGAGGAAGGAUGGGAAGGCGGCGGCUUCUGGUAUCUGAACGGGGACGACAAACUGUGGGAGCGAAGGGCGGUAUUUUGAUGAUAAAGCCUUGCCGUCGAUGGCCGGAGAGGCCGCAGCGGGUGACUCCGGUUAGGGGCUUCAGGACGGCUGAGAGCGUACAUACAACAAGAAAGCGAAAGUGAUGGGCGGUUUUCUGUGAUCUCAUGCUGCAGAUGACACUCAAAAGCGGGUAGGAUAUCAAGACUCAAGAGACGACCAUUCGGAGCGGGUUGUGUGUGACCGUGAAUGAUUUCUAGUUCUUCUUUGUACAUGUACACUAAUUACGAGAUGCUUCGGAUCGAGUAUACGAGAUGGUUGCGUGCGGUAUCGUUGGAGUAAGAUAGCUAUCCCAGAGGUGGGAAUCCUACUACUCCGCUCAAGGUGAUGAGCUCGCACAUCCUGUCGCUGUCGUUGAUCACAAAUCUCCUCUCCAAAAACAUUUCCGCUUUCAUCGGUUCGCGACUUGGGUAUCAAAACAUGCCAAGAUCAAGCCGAGACUGAGAGUCAUUCCUCUAAUGCUUCGACAUCACUUCAAAACGUCCCGUCAGUCCUGCUCCGGUCGCUUCGAGGCUCGGGGCAGCAAGCAUAAUACUGUGCUACCAUGAACCAUGACCUCUCUGAUCCCCAAGGCAAGACGCAGUGGGGCGACUGAUCCCUUUCUUUCUUUCUUUCUUUCUUUCUUUCUUUCUUUUUCUUUUUUUUUUUUUUUUU